AUGGCAGCCAAAGAGCAGCUAGACAGGCAACAAGGAGGUUUGAGUGGAAGAAGGACAAAGAAGGAGACUCGAGAUUUUCUCAGAGCCAACCGCUUUGAGGACAACAGUGCGCUCAUUCAUUCGUUACGCUCAGUGGAGAAACACGCUCCGUGGGUACGGCACAUUUUCAUCGUCACGAAUGGACAGAUUCCCUCCUGGCUCAACCUGCAAAAUCCCCGGGUUUCCAUUGUCACCCAUCAGGAAAUUUUCUUGAACCACAGCCAUCUCCCCACCUUCAGCUCCCCCGCGAUAGAGAGCAACCUUCAUCGCAUUCCAGGAAUCUCACAGAAGUUCAUUUACCUUAAUGACGACGUGAUGUUUGGGAAGGAUGUGUGGUUGGAUGACUUCUACACCCCAUCCAGGGGGCAGAAAGUCUAUCUCGCCUGGCUGGUCCCAGCUUGUUCUAACGGUUGCCUGGGACACUUGAUCAAGAACGGGCGCUGUAACCAGGCGUGCAACAAUGCUGCCUGUGAAUGGGAUGGAGGAGACUGCAAUGUAAGAAUUCGCAGGUCUAUUCCAAGUGCUGAUGGGUUUUCUGAAUCCAAUAAGACUCGAGCAACCAGCCAAAAGUCAAGACUGACACCAAAACCAACAAGUGUUUUUUCAAAUGAGAACGAGGACAACAGAGAUUUAGCAGGUCCAGUGGAUCUGAAUCUCCAUCACUUUGUCCCUUCAAGCAAAGGCUUUCUGCCCUGGGAGAAGACUGAAUUCUUCCAAGAACUACUUGAGGAAGAAGAUCAUCUACAAAGAGCGCUGAAGUACGAGACGAACAGCGUUGCCGUUGGCCGAAAGCUGCAGGACAGUUUUAGCUCCUCCUUACGCUAUGUCGACAAUCUAUACAACCAUAAGUUUGGCCGCUCCGCCCGAAGAGUGAUCGCACACGCGGCCCAUAUGAUUGACAAGCUUGUCAUGCAGGAGCUGCAGGACACAUUCCCACAAGAAUUCCAGAAGACUUCCAGCCACCAUUUACGUCACUCAGACGACAUGCAGUUUGCCUUUUCCUACUAUUAUUUCUUGAUGAGCGUCACACAGCAGGCUAACAUCUCAGCAGUGUUUGACACCGCUGAUCAAGACCGUUCUGGCUUUCUAUCUGGCAGCGAAAUUCAAGCUCUAGCCACGAGAAUCUUCAAGCAGCCACUGAAACCCCAGGACUUGACAACUUUGGAGAAUCAGUUGGUUGACUGCUCGAAAAUGCUUCCAAACAAAGCCAGGCCGGCCAACCAGAAGAUCUUGAUGGUUUCCUCGUCUCCAAAGAUCACAAAAAGUCUCUUCAUGAACUGCAAGCCUGUCACGGAUCGCAUUCGCAGUCUCUUCUCAAACCAGAAGAAGUACAAGUAUGAGAUCACGGGUUCGGAUGAGGUCCAUUUUAAGAUGAUCCACAACAACGUGGCUGAAGCCACUCGCCAAUUUAAUGACAUAAAGGCUCGGCCAAAGAAGUUCGUAUGCAUAAAUGAUGACAUCGACCACUCCCAAUCAAAUGCUGGGAACAUGAAGGCAAAGAUGGCAGAAUUCUACAAAUCCAUGUUCCCGCAGCCGUCCCAGUUUGAGCUCCCUCAAAAGAUGUUUGGCAAGUUCCUGCACAUGGAUGAGUAUGUGCGGCAUCAGAAUUGGCAAGCUCAUCAGAACAAACUCCGCUUCUACAAAUACUGCAUUAUGGUGGUCCUCAUCAUCUUUACUCUCAAAGUCUUUGCUGCCAAGUCAGUCGCGGCGAUCAAACGCAGGAUUUAUGUUGAAAAACUGAGUGAGGAGACCAGAGUGGUGAAUCCGCAGCUCAACAAAACGACGCUGGUGCUGGGAAUUCUCUCCUGCAUUGGCAUGUGCGUGGUGGCCACCUUCCAGACUGACCUCCAUCGAGUUAAGGACAGCAAGGACUAUCCCUUUCACGUGGCCAGCGCCGUUUGUGAGUGGGUUGUGGCCUUCAGUUUUGUCUGCUUCUUCCUCACUUACAUCGACGACUUCAAACGGUUCACCUUGCGGGUGAUGACGGAAUUGGGAUAG